GGUGUGCUGUUGCAGAAACCACAGAUGCGUGGUCUUCUGGCCAAGUGUCUGUGGGUUCAUAUGGUUGGUACAUUUGUUGUGGCCCCAGGAGUUGCUGUUGCCUAUAAGUUUGGCGUGGCUGAACCAAGAAAGAAGGCUUAUGCAGAUUUCUACAGGAAUUAUGAUCCCAUGAAAGAUUUUGAAGAGAUAAGGAAGGCUGGUGUCUUUCAGAGUGCGAAGUGA